AAGUGACUGUUUCCUGCCAUACGAUCAUAUUUUAUCAAUAAAUUUCUCAAGUGGAUCAGGUGAAACUUCAAACUCAGGUAAACAAUUUGGAUCAAAAAUACAAAUGGAGAUUGGUUAUGAAUUACCUGCACUACCUCCUGUUGGAUGUAUUGUUAAACAUAUGGUUAUAAAUUUAAAAAUCGGAUCUGAAGGUGUUGGUCUUGUGAUUCGUGGUGGAUGGAAUAAAACACCAGUGCUUAUUCGACCAUUAACUGUUAUGCAUGUACGACAAAAUAGUGCUGCUGACUGUGAUGGACGAAUUAAACCCGGAGAUCGUAUACUCACUAUCAACAGUAUUCAUACAGGACAGCUGACUUGUGAAGAGGCAGUGAAAUUAAUCCAGAGUGUUAGAAAUCAUUUAACUCUUACUAUUGAAUAUAAUGUAGCCAAUUUCGAAGAAGAUCGGCGUAUAUCAGGUGCAGUUGUUGUUGAAAUUGAAAAACCAGCUAAUGAAGAUUUGGGAAUAAGUCUGGCUCCUUGUCAUGAAGUGAAAACAGGUCAAAAUGCCUUCUUUAUCGAUAGCAUUCGACAAGGAAGUAUAGCAGACAGGUAAAUUAGUUAAAUUAAUCAUUGUUUCGAGAUUAUAGAUGCAGAGUUUAUUUAUAGUGUCAUAGCAAGUCGCUGACAAUAGUUUUUUAAGUAUUGAUUUGUAGGGAUUUGAUUGAUUGGUUACAGGAUUUCAUCAUGAGUUGAGAUCAGUUUGAGAACCAUUGGAAAAACUUGAAGUGAGUACUGAACAGACAGUUGUUUCGUCAGCCUAGUUUGGGAUUCUUCAUCGAUGCGCGUCCACCCGUGGUUUAUCUUAUUCACAACCAUCUCCUUGUUGUUGACUAUGAGAUAAGUUUAUUGUCAAUGAGCUGGAAAGAAAUAAAUAUUUCUGAAGAUUUUGCAUUUUAUUCAACUAAGAAAGAAAGAAAAAAACAACUGUCUUACGUCAGAGUUUUCCACAAGCAGACAUCUGCUUACUAUAAUGUCAAGAUAACAUUUUCUUUUAAAAAUGUUUCAUAUGAAAUAACUUAUUUUCCUGAGAAAUGACAUUUUAUUGAUUUCAUCUCCUCUCUCAAAUCUACCAUUCGGAUAAAUGUUUUGGCCUAUUGAGAUGUCAGUUUCUCCUAGACGUUAUUUGUAAGACUGAUGACAUGAAAACAUUGUGGUGAAAUAUUUUUUUGCUUUUUUUCAAUGUGUAUGAGACAGUGACGCUUGUGAUCAAGGCAGAGUUAGUGGUUUCACGAAUAUUUAUCAACAUUUUUCACUAGGAUUAUAUGCCAACUUAUGAUAUAUGUCCAAUAAAUGCUCCUAUGUUGAAAGCAGCAAGCUUAAUUAUGCAUUAUAUUAUAGGCCUGUAGUAUACAAUGUAUAAAACAUACCGGAAAAAAGGAUAAACCUUGGGCGCUGUGGUACAGUAUAACUCCCUGAAGGAUAAGAUUUUAUUUUGAUGAAAUUAGACAUUGUAAUACUGUAAUAUUUAUUGAUGACCACAUUUAGAGCACAAUUCAUUGCUCAUAAUCAUAUCAGGAUACUUACACAGCUUUCUAACUUCGUUUAUAUAAUUCCAUUAUUUUCCAUCGCUUGACUUGAUUGGUAGUAGUAUUUUUCAUAUUUCCGGUAUGAGUGAUGAGUCACUCCUACUGUCCGUGUCGGAUAUGGACUAGAUGAACAAGGAAUCAGUAAUCAAUCUCUCUCUCUCUCUGUCUUUCCACCUGCCUAUAUUACUUUUUAGAAUUUUGACUCUUCCCUACCCAACCUACUGUGUUGUUGUGUGUUAAUGUACUCAGUGCAAUUGCUGAGUUUUUUCUAAAUUACUUAUGCUGGCUGGAUCAAUCAUUCCGAGUUCAGUUAAAUUCUUAUGUUCUAAUA